AUGUUUGCUUCACUUUGGAGUGACUCAGCCACUGAUCUUCUCCGAAACUCUCCAAGUCCCAUUGAUCUUCUCCGAACUUGGCCAACACCUGCCAUCGCCAUCGCUUCGCCCCCCCAACUCCAGCACCCCACCCCAGCACCCCCCUUUUGCCCGCGCACGGCGCGCGUGGUUGGCCAGGCAGGACCGGGUCCUAACUUGGGUUGGCCUGCACGCUUGGCGAAGGCCUUGGAGGCGAAGGUUCCUGCUUGGCGGAUCCACAACAGAGCGGUGGAGUAUACCACGUCGCAGCUGUGGUAUGACUUGGUGAUGAAUAAGACAACGCCAGAGGAAUGGAAACACUACAGCCUGGUCAUCCUCUCCUUGUCAGUGAACAAUGAAGGCUUCCUACUCACCCAGGACCGAGUGUUUCGGGCUGUGGCAUAUGGUGGGAUAAGUAAAGAGGAGGAGAAGUUGCAGCAGAUCGAACAGCACUUCUUAAAGCACGUGAGGAGAGCAGAGAUUGUCAGAGCGGGCCGAGCGUACAGCGAGAGCUGGGGUGAAAGCUAG